CUGUCAUCGCUCGUGUUUUGUCAACUAAGAGGUGGAAACCGCAUCGAUUCUUUUAAUUUUUUAACAAAAAGCUAAAAAAUCUUUAUUUCGACUUACAAAAACACAAAAUGAGUUUCCAAUUACCAACUACAACAACGGCCACAGCUGGAGGAUUCUCCUUUGGAACGAAUACCGGUGCUGGACAACCAGCCAAACCAAGUUUUAGUUUUGGCGCGACUGGUGGUGGAGAUGCUGGAGCUGCAAAACCCUUGGGCUUUGGAUUUGGAGCAACAGCUACUACAACGGCAACAGCUACAAGUGCAGCACCAGCUACUGCUACACCAUCAUUAGGUGGCUUGGGUGGUGGGACGAGCUUUGGUUUUGGUACCCCCUCAGCCGCUGCAACAACAACUGCAGCGGCUCCAACUCUUUCUACAGGAGGAUUUGGUGGAUUUGGAGCAGCGCCGGCUGCAGCCGCUCCCUCGACUGCAGCAUCGACAACCACAACAGCUACGGCAGCACAACCGGCAGCAGCCGCACCUUUGACCAGUGGCUUUUCAUUUGGAGCCCCUACAGCAGCCACAACAACGGCACAAACUUCUAGUACUACAGGUACUGGGUUGACAACGGCGGCUGCAACAACUGCUGCUACAGCCACUGUUACCUCAAAACCUCCAGCGACUGGUGGUUUUGCCAGCUUGACUACAGCCACAAAAACCACAGACUCCUCAGCUGUGGCAAAUGCCUCACAACUAACCUACAACCAGUUGGAAGAACACAUCAAUAAGUGGACAUUGGAAUUGGAAGAACAGGAAAAAGUCUUUACCGAUCAGGCCACACAAAUCAAUGCUUGGGACAAAGUCCUAAUAAGUAACAAUCAAAAGAUUUUAGAUCUAAAUGAUGCUGUACAAAAAGUCAAAGCCGAUCAGCAGACUUUGGAACAAGAAUUGGAAUUCAUAGCAACACAGCACAAAGAACUGGAGGAAAGCAUUGUACCGUUGCAAAAAGAAUUCUUAAAAAUACCACAAGUGGAUGUCGAGCGAUCACAAACUUAUUUGAUGGUGGAAAAUUUGGAUACCCAAUUGAAACAAAUGUCAGAGGAUCUCAAAGAGAUAAUUGAUAAUUUGAACGAGGCGAACAAAUGUCAGGAUAAUACAGACCCCAUAAUACAAAUUGGUAAAAUUCUCAAUGCCCACAUGAGUUCACUGCAAUGGAUUGAACAGAGUACAUCGAAUAUUGGUAACAAAUUGGAAGAUAUUACAAAAAUGCAUGAAACAUUUAAAAGGGAAUCGGAGCGAUCAUUCCGUUCGGCUUAUUAUAAUUAAAUGAAACAAGUGUUUUUGGGAUAAGGUUUUUCAUUUUGUUUUUUGAAUUGUAUGUUUAGAUGUAUUUGAUUUCAAUAAAAAAAAUAAUUAAUAUAAUUUA